AUGGUUCGGAUAGGCCACAUCAAGCUGGAGAGGCGGCUUGCCUGGCUCCUCGCAUCCAUGACCGCUAGCAUUCUCUGCUUCGUGGUCUAUGCAUAUCACAGCGGCACAUAUCUUGACUGGCGCGGCAGCGCACGAGGAGGCUUGCAGCACCUGUCGCCCGGUGUCCAACCAGAAAGCGGCCCAGUGAGUCCGCCGAGCCCGAGCCAACCCAAUCAAGCUGGGGCGCGCUAUCCGGCCUGGGUAGAGACACCCAAGGUCUUCGACGUCGCCCUCAUCUCAAAUUAUGUCUCGCCGCCCUUCUCACUGCCCGUGCCCCUUGUCUUGCAUCCCCAGCUUGGACAGGCUGUCGACAGGUUCCUCUCGAGGCCUGUCCUCACUCAUGAGCAGGCCAGCCUGCAGAACCAAGAGGCCUGCCCACUGGAGCAAGCCGGUGCUCAGGUCAACAAGGACCAGCUCGAGAACGACCGCAGCAAAUGGCUGGCCGUCGACCCAGAAACGAUUGACCAGAUGCGCAGAGGCGCUCUGGAGUCUCUCGAGCAGCAUACCGCCAACGAGGGGGAGGCUGCCCUCAUCGGCCCGGGGGUUGGUCUUGAUGGGAAGCCUGUCCGUCAGGGCUCGCGGGGUAUUGUGUUUGCGGCAGGGAACCACAGGACUGUGGACAGGGCUAUUGGCUGCAUCAAGGAGAUCCAGAGGCUGGGCUGGAAGCGUGGUGCUAUAGAGGUGUUCCACUUCGAGGGCGAGCUGACUGAUGAGAAUCAGAGGAAGCAGCUGGAGGAACUGGGAGCCACUCCUCACACCGUCUCGACCAAGAAAACCCCCGGCCGUUGGAAAAACUUUGAGCUCAAGGCAGAGGCCAUUCUUCGCAGCUCCUUCGACGAGGUGCUCUACCUAGAUUCCGACAACUAUCCAUUGUCCGAUGUAGGAGCUCUCUUCGACUCAGCCCUCUUCCGGGAUCCCCGAGGGGGCAACGCCGUCUUCUGGCCAGAUCUUAACCGCGACCACCCGGACAAUGCCAUCCACCGCCUGCUCGGCAUCCCCUGCCACAACGCCUGGGAGCUUGAUAGUGGGCAGAUACUCAUUUCGAAGUCCGGCAAUGAUGGCCUAAACCUUGCCGCCUUGUAUCUGGCUCAGUACAUGGCUGAAGAGGGCGACUUCUGGUUCAGUGGCGGCGACAAGGAUACAUUCCGCUACGCCUUCCUAGCUCUUGGUAUAACCUACACACCGGCCCCACGCUGGCUCUCCCUGCUGGGCAACCGCGAUCCGAGGGACAAUUUUUGCGGCGCUGCGAUGCUGCAAUACGGUCUUGAUCCACCAAAGGCCGGGCACGCCGACCAGGCCGACCCGUUGCAUCCAGAGCCGCUGUUCGUACACGCCAAUCUACUCAAGCACAUGAGUGGUAUACGUCCGGGUAACGUCUUCACUCAAUUCAGACGCCUCUUUCCGAGCCAGGACGACGUUCGCGUCGAGUACGCCCCUGCGACCGCCUUGCACAGUGUCAGUGGCGGCGGAAGCGCUGUCGCAGGCAGAGGCCUGUGCAGCGAUAUAACCGCAUUCCGAGACGGGGCUGACGUCGAAACCGUGGAUACCAAAACUUCCUUCGGAGGCAUGAUGAAGGACUUUGAGGAGCAAUUCUUCAGUUAUGGAGCUCUUCCCGGACUCUGGCGCUAG